UAAUCAUAAUUUUUACGUAAUAGAUUAUUAUUAUUACUAUUAAUAUUUUUCAAAUUAGAAAUCAGUGUUUCGCACCCGUUUUCGAUUACGUCAAUAAUCAUUCUCCUAGAACAACAAUAAUAAUUAAUAAUUAUGAUUAUUUGCAACAUUAUCAAUAUACUUUGACAUUACUACUGUACUCACACGUACUUAUUACGUCGGAAACAUGAACUGGGUUAUCCUCGAACGCCGUCGUUGACAAUUUGACAUUCCGACUCUGCUGUAUUCGGCAGUCUCGUUGUAGCUGUUACGGGUGUGUAUUGCUGCCUGCCGUUGGCCAGGACACGUAUUCAACGAUUGCAUUGUUUGUAGCAAAUGCGAUUUGCCAUCCCGCGUUUCUGUAUGAUGUCCGUUCGGUUCCUUUUCGUUCAACGUCAACGCAGAACAGCGUAAGUGAGAGCAUCCUGUGCGCAACACUUAAUUCGGCUAUCUCGAAACCGACCGCCACCGACUCGUGUGUCGACUUCUCAGGUGUUUCUCUGUCAACGUUUUGAGACGCCGGACUGUUGGGAGAAGAUAAUCUGUAGCACACGUUCGUCAUGGACAAUGCUAAUAAGAGGUCGCUGGAUGAUGACAACGUAUGUCAUGGUAACGACACAAAGAAAUCAAAAGUUACUAAUUGUCCACUAUCGACAACUUCGAAUUCAAAAUCAGCAAAGGAAAUUGUUGGUUUUGAAAAUCUCUGCGACGAUGUUAUCAUGCAUAUAUUCAAGUAUCUUUCUCAUAACAAUCUUGCUAAUAUGUCAUUUGUAUGUUCUACUUUAUCUAGAAUCAGCAGUGAUUGGACUCUUUGGAAAAAAGUUUGGUUUGAUCCGUUUGAUAAGUCUAUGGAAGAUGUUUAUUUGACCUAUUUAAAAGAUUGUACUACUCAAGUGUGUAUAAAAGGCAAUGACAUACCAACUUAUGAUACAUCAGUUUCACACAAGUUUUUAAUACAAUUAGAAACAAAAUGCCCUGAACUAACACAUUUAAGUUUCAGCAAUCAAAAAUUUGAUUCCAAUGAAAUAACAGUAAAAAUUUUGCAUCGCAAACUCAAGUCACUAACUAUUGAAAAAACAGUUGUUGAAAACAUUACAGACCUCACCUCAUAUUUAUGUGGUUUAAAUAUCACUUGUCCAGAUCUUGAGGAAAUUAAAAUGACAUUUAAUGACUGGUUUCUUCCUCACUGCUUAUAUGCAUUAGCCAAAUUGGAGAAAUUAACUCAUUUAAGUCUUCAAGGUUGCAAUCAAUUUAGAGAUUGUAUUCCAUAUGCCAGUAUUACUGCCAUAACUGGAUUCAAAGCUUUACGGACUUUAGAUUUACGAUUGACACCAAUAAGUGAUCAUGAACUCGUAUGUUUUCAAAGAUUAAAAAAUCUAAAACAUGUUCUUUUGGAAAGUCCUGAUUAUGUUAAUCAUGAAGGAGAUGCUACAAUUACUGAUAUAGGUGUAUCAGGAUUUUGUUUCAGUAGUUAUGAUUUUAAUUAUCCAUACAUUCAAAUUAUGAUUGAUAGAGAUGGUGAAGUGAACUUGAGAAGAGUUCAUGACAGAAAUGAUCUAUCCGACAAAUGCAAAAUAGAAAACCUGUAUGUGCGUAACUAUCCUAGAGUAACUGAUUCAUUUUUGAAGUCUGCAGCCAAAACAUGUCCAUUCAUAAAAUGUUUAGAUGUUACUGGUACUUCUUGUACAUUAGAUGAAAUUGAAAGAUAUAAAGCAAAAAGACCUAAUACUAAGAUUGUGUGUUAAGUAUGCGGAGAAGACUGAAAAAUGAUAAAUAUGUUAUAUGAAGUAAUGUGUUAAGCCGCAAGAGGUGUUAGAGUAAGCUCAAAGGGUAGAAAGUUGUACCAAAAAUAGCUAUUACUUAUUUUAUUCUUUUUCUUUUUCUAUUUUGGCAUAUUUAUAACUUAUGUAUAUUUAAUUAACCAUUUACAUUUGUAUUUAUUACAUAAUACAUUUAUAUUAGUUGUCUAGUUUUAAAGUAAAGCGGAUUUACUAAUGAUUCACAUAUAUAUUUGUUCCUUCUUUUUUUUUUAU